AUGUACCACGGUCUUGAACCGAGGUAUGCAAGUCAAUAUCCUUUCAGGCCAAUAUAUGAAAAUUAUUCCGCAGAUUGUAGGCUGCAAACAAUUGCUUGGGGUGGUGAAGACAAAUUUAGGACCUUGCGGUGCCUCGACUACAUCUGCCCCCUUUUGGCCGCCCCCGCCCCAGCAUGUAUCUCACCCAUCUCCCCCCUAGCUUUCGGUCCUCCUCGUGCUUCAUGCACCGCUCAUUGUUCUGAAACAGAGCGAGUCGCAGGAUGGAGAAAACACCGGGUGGGAUCUGAACACCCCUCCGAAACGGACGCGCACGACACCCCGACCCAAUUGCGACUCAAUAGGAAACAAAUUAUCUGGAGAAAAUACAACGUUGGUAUUUUGAAGUGUUGGCGAAAUAAUUUUUCGUUCCACAUGUGGAACCGAAGAAAUUCAUUUGUCUAGGGAUUACUUUGUCUGGAGAGUCUGGAACUGUUUGUAUUCCGUAACUUUUUGUCAUUUUCUGCGGGACGUUCUCAACAAUCCUUUGUCACCCAUCCAUUAUUUCCCGAAACUGACACGCGGUGAGGAUUUCUGGACGGUGGAAGAUGGUUACCCGACUAUCUGCUCAGAUGUACCCCCUGGUGUUGCUCUGCAUGUUGGCUGCCCUGUCAUGGACUUGGGGCCCGGUGACAGCGGGUAGGAGUUGCUCCGAGACACGGCAGGUGUACGCGGAGAAGGGCUACAGCACAAAUACUGCUCCGCUGACUCAAAUUUCUGGUGAGCACCUCCGCCUGUGUCCCCAGGAUUACACCUGCUGUUCCAGUCAGAUGGAGGAGAUGCUGUCCCACCAGAGCGAGACUGACUUCUUGACAGCUAUUGAGGAGACCAGCCAGUUCCUCCUAACCACUUUUACACAGAGGCACCGCAAGUUUGACGAGUUCUUCAGGGAGCUCAUAGACAUGUCAGAGAAGUCCAUGAAUCAGAUGUUUACCAAGACCUAUGGACGUCUCUUCACACAGAAUGCCAAUGUCUUCCAGGAACUAUUUGUUGAACUGCGCCGAUACUACUCCGGGGGCAGUGUGAGCCUUACAGAGGUGCAGUCAGAAUUCUGGUCCAGUCUGGUAGAGCGGGUCUUCUCUCUGGUAAACCCCCAGUACCAGUUCAGCGAGGAGUAUCUAGAAUGUGUAAGCAAACAUGCAGAGCAGCUUCAGCCCUUUGGGGACCUCCCUCGGAAACUCCGUGUACAGGUGUCCAGGGCAUUUAUUGCUGCCAGAGCACUGGUUCAAGGCUUGGCCACAGGCCGUGACAUAGUUAACAAGGCAAUUAAGUUGAGUGCUGGUGUGGAGUGUGUGCGUGCCCUGAUGCGUCAGUGGUACUGCCCCCUUUGUCGAGGCAUGCCCUCCCUGCGCCCCUGCCACUCCCUUUGCCUCAAUGUGAUGAAGGGAUGCCUGGCCAAUCAGGCUGAUCUGGACACUGAGUGGAACAAUUUCAUUGAUGCACUGUAUCAGGUAUCUGAGAAGCUGGAGGGGCCCUUUAACAUGGAGCUGGCUGCAGACUCAAUCUCUGUAAAAGUGUCUGAGGCUAUCAUGCACAUGCAGGAGAACAGUGUCACCACCUCCACUAAGGUGUUCCAGGGCUGUGGUAGUCCUAGGCCGGCCCUGGGCCGUUCCAAGCGCUCCCCCAAGGAGCCGGGGAGCAACAGGAGACCUUUCCGUACCUACAGCCCAGAGGAGAAGCCAACCACCGCUGCAGGCACAAAUCUGGACCGGCUGGUGUCAGAGUUGAAAGAGCGACUGCGUCCCAUGCGGGGCUUCUGGGUGUCCCUCCCACACACCAUCUGCAAUGACGAGAAUAUGGCUGCUGACGUCACUAACGAGGAGCGUUGCUGGAAUGGACAGGCCAGGGGCAGGUACCUCCCCGACGUGACGGGCGAUGGUCUGGUCAGUCAGAUUAAUAACCCAGAGGUGGAGGUGGACAUCGCCAAGCCAGACGUAAGAACCAGACAGCUCAUUAUGGAGCUCAGAGUGGCCACCAACCGACUGAAACAAGCGCAGGCCGGACAGGACACUGAUUUUGUGGACAGUGAGGUUGAAGAGGGUAGUGGAUCGGGUGGUGGUGACGGAGCAGAGCGGUAUAGUGACGAUUGGCCGGGUUACGGGCCCAACAGUAAGCCCCCACGUAACCCCCAGACACCCAUCAAACCCCCUCGGGUCAGAGACCGACCAACCGGAUCCAAAAGGAACAAGGCACGGUCUAGCUCUGCAGUCACCCGGCCAGCCCUCACUCUUGCAAUUUUGUUUUGGUUAUCAGUUAUGGUGGUUGUUGCCCCCAUGUGGAGAUAGCCUGUUACUGCAGCCUAAAGCUCAGGGUCAUGUUCAUUAAGGCAAGGGUUUUCCAGGGACUCCAUGUAGUCAUCCCGUGGACUCCAUGUAGUCAUCCUUGUUUCAGGCAGUUGCUACCGGUUGGUGCCUAUUGAACACGAUCCAGCCGAGUUUGGGUUGUUAUGGUUGAGUCCAAGAGGGAUUUUGAGUUUCUAUUUGAUCAUGAGCACACUGAUAUUGGAGUUGUUUGGUUAUUCUAGAGGACAGUAAGAGAAGUUGUAUCUAAAAUGUGGUAGAAUCCAGCACAAAAUUCACAAUACUAUUCUUCUGGAAAAUGUAUUCAAGCAAAGGAAGACAACAAAUGUUCCAUGAUUGGCUCUCCCAUAGAAAUAUCCUGGAAUCUUUUCUAAUCAAAAUCAAUCCAGCAGGGCCACACAAACUCUCCAAACAGACCUCAACAUUGAUAUUUGUGAUCAACAAUAUUCAAUUCCAUAAAAAAUAUAUUGUGGCCUUCUAUUAAGCUCAACUGAUAACCAAUUGUCCCAACUCAGCAAUACUUUUUCAGUGUUAAAACAUCCACAUCCAAAUGAGUAUUUUAUAAUGACACUUGCAUUGAAUUAAAAGUUUAAUGUUAAGGCCAUGCUGGGGUCUUAUGUGCAAUGUGCCUGGUACAGGCCGCCAUUUUAAUGGGCCUACUCUGAUAUAUGAUUGCUAAUUUAUUGAUACCUUUAAUUUAUUUGGAAUUUGUAUGAUUUAAUUGUAUUUAUUUAUAAACUUUGUAUAUAUAAUUUAUUUCUAAGCUUUGUUUGAUGUCAGGAAUUGAUUGAACGUGUUAUCUUCUGAAGGUAGUCUUUCAGUGUAGUGGGAAGUUGCCUGAAUGCUGGUCUUGGGUUAGUUUACAUUAUUCCCAAUAAUGGGUAAGGUUAGGAUUGAGGAAUGGGAAGGUGAUUCUAGAUCUGUACCAAGGGAAACCUACUUAAACCUGGUCCUGGAGGUUUUCUAUGUCUAUUGAUUUCUAUUGUGUUAUGCCUCUUGGAUGACAACAACAUUGUAGUUUUAAUGUUCCUCAGUAAUCGGUUCCUUAAAUCAAAUCUCAAGACUCUCUGAUAUUUGCAGACCACUGGACCUGGGGACUCAUGUAUCAAUCUUGCGUAUGUUUCUAACAAAAUUCUGGUGUAUGUGGAAAUCCUACGAUUUGCUUGCGCACAAGAUUAUUGGGAUUUAUCAAGCUGGCGUACGCAACACAUACGCAUGCUUCUGUUGAUACAUCUGACCCAUACUAUACUUUUGCGUAUGUGAACCAUCUUACAGUCCCCGCCCAAAGAACGCCUACAAUUACCCAUAUAAGGUAUCCAAAUUAGCCCUAUUGACUAUGUAAUUUCAGUCACUACACGAAGCAAGGUGGAGACCGGUCAGAGAAAACGUAUAUACUUAAAAUACAUUUCUCAUAAUGUGAACUUCAAAUAAUAUUAUCUGAUAUAGAAUCUAAAAACUUUUUUUCGAAACGUAUCAAGAAGCCCGACAAGAAGUCAUAAAUAUUCUGCAUUGCAAGAUGUGGCCGUUGUUAAUAAAAUAAAGUGGUCAGGGAUCAGUCAAUGUGGAUGCAAGAAAGCUUUGCUGCACUCCUAACCAGUGUCCAAACAGUGUCCAUUGACUAGCAAAUUGCUAGCAUCAUUGGGGAGAUGUGAGUGGAAAAGUUCUAGAUGGGGACAUCGAUAUGUUGCAGUAAAUUAUAAUUUGCCACUAGGCUAAUCACUAGGCUAAACAUUUCAACUUCACAUUCAAGAAACAUAUUGUAAUGACCUGAGCUGUAUCUCAAGCAUACAAGGAUGGACACGAGAGGUGCAGAGCAGAACACAGGUUUAUUAAUACACUCAGGCCAUUGUUUUGCCACAGACCAAGCCAAUAAACCUUACAACAGCUUCCCAAACCCAGACAGAGCGAGAGAACCUAGUAGUCCAACUUUUAUAACUUUCAAAACCCUGCGGGAUUACCCAUCGUACCCCUACACCUCCCGUCUGUCUUGGAAUAAUUAACCCCUGCAAACUCCCAUGAGAACCUGGAAUAACACUGUAACACCCACAACAAUAACACAAUACAGUGUCGUUACAAUAUCAAUACAGACAAAAUCAAAAGGAAUUGGUCAAUUGGUAAAGACAUUACCGGGUCACAGCGGUAAAUCCAAGGCUGUCUUGCAAACACAAGAUCUGUUAAAAGAAAUAGUAGCCUAGAGAACGUGGCCAAGAAAGUAUGUAACAUUUCAGAAGUUUUAUAGAAGAUCAAUGACUCUUGGAAAGACAUUUUUCAUUUAGUGCAGCAUAGCAAAACCUAUAACUUUUUUUAUUUUGAUUAGGCCAAUUGGUGGUUUUAUUUUAUUUUUGGUGAAUACCUAUUUUGUUGUAUUCAUUUUCAUUCAGUGAAUGAAAUUUUAAAUCAAAGUAAUUUCUGAAAUGAAUUGUCAAUUUUGUCAAAUUACAAAUUGUAAGCCAACAUGUGUGAUAACGCAUUAGCUCAUUCAAAAACACAAAGAACCUCUAGGUCAUAAUUGAGCAUCUUUAAAUAAAUCGGCAUAAUUAUAGUGUUUGGUAAUAUAAGCAAUGUUGAAUGUGUUGCUUUACGCACAUGCACAUAAGGCUAUUGUUUGUCUUGUUUUCAAACUGUAUGGAUAUGCCCACUGAAAGGGCUAUGUUUUACAGCCUAAUAGUUCUAAUAGUUUUUUGGAUCAGCUACAGGCUGUAGGGUUUUGACACUUGCUACAUCCGUAACCUAUAAGCCUACGAUGUUGCAGGAAACAGUUUGUGCAUUCCUGUAGGAUAUCCAUAUUUGAUAAUUGAUCAUUUUUCCCAUGUGUUUCAGUUGACAUUCCUCUACCAGCUUUUCUGAAAUAGUAUGGUAUUUCUUCAAUUCAACCGCUAGGCUGUGCAUAUGCAUGAGUUGAAAUUUGCGUAGAGAUACGCACACUUUCCCAUCAAGUUCAACAUUGAUAAAUGCCAACUUUUGCGUCCAAACUGGCAUACACAUGCUUCAUGCACAUAUUUGUGCGUACGCACAAUUGAUACAUGAGGCCCCAAGGCUGUGUCACCAUUUUAUUAUCUACCUAGAGUUUUUUCUACCUCUUGAAAAGUGUGUGCUGUCAUGUACUGAUUGGAUCGGUGCAACCAUGGCUGGAUGAAGUUUCCGCCAUUUUCUUUAAAUGUUUUCUUUUAAAGUUUUAACGUGUGAGUGCACACUUUGGGAGGAGGAUAGACAACUGGAUCCUAGCCUAUCUGGAUCCUAGCUCAACAAAUGACAAAAAUAUUAAGUUUGUCAUUUGUACCAAGGACUUUUAAAUUGAUAUUUUGGUUUUUAGCAUUCUAGACUUUAUUUUCCACUUUUAGUGUCGAAGCAUAAUCCAAACAGUUGUUCUAGUCAAAGUUCCACUUUCACGGUUUUGCUGUUUAGUUGCAUGCUCAGGCCAAAUAUUGGAGUGGUCAGACUCAAUCCAAAACGUGUCUCCACAAAGCAUUUGUGAAGCCACAACACGCACAACCUUGAGGCGGAUUCUACAACAGCAGAAGACCCCACCGGGUACCACUCAUCU